CCAAAGAACGCGGUUUCCAAAGAGCACGGCUUCCACACAUGGAGGGCGGCACUGAUGGUGGCGUGCAGGUCGUGUCCCGGCGCAUGGUGCGCCCGUUCACAUCGCCGCCGAUGGCGAACGGCAACGGCUGCCAUCCGGCGAAGGAGGAGGUCGAGGUGAUCCACUUGACGCCGUGGGACCUACGCCUGAUCAGCAUCGACUACAUCCAGAAGGGCAUCCUCCUGCCAAAGCCUCCGGUCUCCGGCGUCAGCCUCGUCAAGGCCCUCCAGUCCUCGUUCGCGCGCGCCUUGCGGCUGUUCUACCCGUUCGCCGGCCGGCUUGCCUCCGAGGAGCGCGGCGAUGGGACCGUGUCCGUCUUCUUGCGGUGCACCGACGAAGGCGCCGAGUUCGUGCACGCCGUGGCGCCGGGGGUCGCCGUCGCGGACAUCGUCUCCUCGCUCUACACGCCGUCCGUAGUCUGGAAGUUCUACUCGCUGGCGCUGGUUCUCGGCGCCGACGCCGCCACUGAGUCGCUCCCCGUGCUGGCCGUCCAGGUCACCGAGCUGGCCGACGGCGUGUUCGUCGGCAUGACGUUGAACCACUCCGUCGGCGACGGCACCGCGUUCUGGCACUUCUUCAACACCUGGUCGGAGAUCCACCGACCUGGCGGCGUUGGCAUCACUGACGACCUGCGCGGUCUCUCCACGCCGCUGCCGGUGCUCCAGCGGUGGUUCCUCGAGACCUGCCCCGUGCCAAUCCUGAUGCCAUUCAGAAAGCUGGAGCACAUCGUGAGGCGAUUCGAGCGAACGACAGUGCAGGAAUGCUUCUUCACUUUCUCCGCCGCGAGCGUCAGGAAGCUCAAGGCUCGGGCGAACGACGAGAUGGCCGGCACGGCCACCGCCGCCAUCUCCUCGCUCCAGGCAGUCUUGGCGCACCUCUGGCGAGCCGUCUGCCGCGCCCGGUGCCUCCCGCCGGAGCAGGGCACGUUCUACUCGGUAGUCGUCGGGUGCCGGGGGCGCGUCAAUGGCAUACCCCCGGGCUACGUCGGCAACGCCAUGGUGUUCGGCAAGGCCGAGGCCACCGCCGGCGAGAUCGAGGAGAAGGGGCUGGGCUGGACGGCGUGGCUGCUGAACCGCGCCGUGGCGUCGUUCGACGAGGCGACCAUGAGGCAGUCGCUGGAGCGGUGGGUCCGGGAGCCGGACUUCACGUACAUGAGCAACCUGUCGUCCGCCGGCACGGCGCUGGUGACGGGGAGUUCGCCGCGGUUCGACGUGUUCGGGAAUGACUUCGGGUGGGGGAAGCCGGUGGCCGUCCGGAGCGGCGCCGGGAACAAGGCCGACGGCAAGGCGACGGUGUUCGAGGGGCCGGAACGGGGAGGGAGCAUGUCGCUGGAGGUGUGCAUGGCGCCGGACGCGCUCGCGAGGCUCGUCGCCGACGAGGAGUUCAUGAACGCGGUAAGCUUGCCGGCGUGAGGGCCGGGGUUGACCGCCGUGCAUUAAUCACAUCGUUGACAACCUGUCGUGAUGCACAUUAGCAUGUUUGUUGCAUGUGCAUGUAUGCCGCCUCGACUGUUGGUGAAUAAGAAUCAACUCUCGUGGUUCGUUUAGUUUGGCUAGUUCAGUAUGUUAUUAGUGUGCUUGUUUCUUUAGCAUUGUGAGUCAAACACUUAUUUUGAAAUUAUGAAGUUCUAUAAAGGUCGUGUCACAGCGAUUAUUA